UGAAGUCUGAACUCCACCUUCAGGCAGAAUGAAGUUUAUCCCAGCAUCUCUGCUUCUCAUACUGCUGGUCAGCAGCCUUUCUCCAGCCCAUGGUGUUCUGGAGGCCUUUAACACCAAUUUAAAAUGUAAAUGCACUGAAACGACCUCUUCCAAGUCAGUGCUCAAGCUGCUCAGCAAAAUUGUAACAGUUCAAUUUCUGCCCCCUGGGAACGGCUGCCCAACGCAGGAAAUCAUAGUCAGUUUGAAGAAUAAGUCAACUAUAUGCUUGAACCCUAAAGCCAAAUGGGUACAAUCACUUCUGAAAAUAGUACGGACAAAAAAACUGGUUUCACCAGUUCCAACUAAGAUACAGACAGCCUGAUGCCAAUAUCGU